CGGUGUCUUUGUCGGCAACUUGACACGUUUACAACAACUCUGGAGACGGCGUCAGUGACAGUUGGUCUUUUCGCUACACAGCGCACGCACAGCUGGGAAAACCCUCCGGCGCUCCGAGAAGAGCAGAAGAAGUGCAAGUACAGGCCCAGCUGCGCUGAGUCCUCUCUGGGGCUGUACAGCCCUCCUCUGCCAUGGAAUAAUUCUUGGAAAGUUUCUGCCACAGCACGUCCAUCAUCCAUUCUUGCAUCUUUAAAGGGAGUGUUACACCUUGCCAGAGUUGGACAGUCGUGAUGUUGAGUGUUGAAGGCCAGAAGCAGAGGUUUAGCUCAUGACUGAAAACCAUGGAGCAGCCAGGGAAGUGACCUCAGUGGACACUACAGCCUGAGGGUGCCACUCUUUGGCACCAUGGCAUCCAAGGAGAGACUAUACGAGGUCUGGAUGCUCUACUGCACUAAGAGGGAUCCAGACUACUUGAAGUUAUGGCUGGAGAUUUUCAUCAGCUCCUACGAGCGAUGCCUAGAUGUGGACUUUGAAAAGCCACCUUCAAGGCCAGAGGAGGUUCCCCCAGUGUUGACGCUCCUCCCAGACAACAUCCUGCAGGUUUUGCGCCACCAGCUGCUGCAGUGCGUUCAGAAAGCCUCCGAUGGCCUGGAGCCUGAGCAGCAAAACCUGGCUCUGCUGCUGCUCAAGUUCCUUAUCAUCAUCUGCAGGAAUCUGUCCAACGUGGAGGAGAUUGGCACUUGCUCUUACAUCAAUCAUAUCAUCACCAUGACAACACUCUAUAUUCAGCAGCUGAAGAGCAAGACCAAAGAGAAGGAGAUGGCAGACCAGAGCCAGGCGGAGGAGUUUGUCCGUCAUGCGCUGGCUUUCUGUGAGAGCCUCUAUGACCCGUACCGCAACUGGAGGCAUCGAACCUGCGGGGAGCAGCUGGGUACAGUCGAGAGGAGCAGACAGAAGUACAAGGCGGCUCCCCUCACUGUUGAGUUUGUUCCUUUCUUUUACCAGUGCUUCCAGGAGAGCGAGCACCUGAAGGAAAGUCUGAAAUGCUGCCUGCUGCACCUGUUUGGAGCCAUAGUAGCUGGUGAUCAGAGGAACGCUCUGCUUGCCAUUUCUCCAGCCACUAUGGAGGUGCUGAUGCGGGUGCUUGCUGACUGCUCCAUGGGCAGCUGCUCUUCAGAUGAAGGCGAGGACUGGGACAGUGAGGCCCCAGACCGUAAGGCAUUGCUGACUUUGGGCUGCCUGCGGGAGGUAGUACAGCGCCUCCUGGCGUCAAGCUCUGACCAGCGACAAGUGGAAAUCGCUUCCGUGUUAGAAAACUACUUCAAGCUGCUUAACUCUGACCCAGCGGCUGUCGUUGCGUCCCGACAGCAGCAGCAACAGCAGCAGCAGCAGCAGCAAGCUAAGGGCCGAGUGCCGACACUGGGCCGACACUGGGAGAGCCGAUUUGUGGCGCUGCAAGUGAACAUGCUAGACACUAUCAGGGACAUGUUCCUGUGUUCAGACAGGCCAGUUCUACAAGCCAUCUUCCUCAAUAGUAACUGUUUUGAGCACCUGACACGACUGCUGCAGAACAGCAAGCUGGUUAAUGCUAGGUGCACGGCGGCAGACAAGGACCAGAAAGAUAUAACCAACAACAGGUUACUGACAGGAGAGAGGGACACUCAGGUGUUUCAAGGGCGACUAGACUCCCUCGCUGUAGCAACCAUCAAAGCCCUGACAACAGUGAUGCACAAAUCACCGGCUGCAAAGGAGGUGUUCAAGGAGAGGAUUGGUUACAAUCACCUGUAUGAAGUGCUCACUUCACUUGGCCAGCCAUCACGGCACCUUCUCAAAGAGCUGAUGAACAUGGCGGUGGAGGGAGAGCACACCUCAGUGGGGCUCCUGGGCAUCAGUAACGUGGAGCCCUUGCUGCUGCUGGUCCAGUGGCUCCCUGAGCUGGACUCAUCGGAGCAGCAGCUUUUUACCGCCGACUGGCUCCGCCGCCUCAGCUGCCUCAAUCGCCAGACCCGCGCCACCUGCGUUAAUGCGGCCAUGGUCAUACGAGCACUGGCAGGCCUGGAGCGACACCAACGGCUUCACCGAGCUUGCUCCGAGAGCCUGUUUGGCCUGGUGGGCUCACUGGGCUCCCAGUCCUUGAGCACCAGGGAACUUCUAGGACUCCUACGCCUCCUCAGGCCUCCAGAGAGUACACAAGCACACCCUUAUGUAGGACCUGCCCUGAGAGCCCUCCUGGCCAUGGUACGGAAGCAGGGCUUGGAAUGCGCCAUGCAGUACUUUGACCUGUCGCCCAGCAUGGCUGGCAUUGUAGUUCCAACGGUGCAGCGCUGGCCAGGCUCUGCCUUCAGUUUUCUUGCCUGGUUGUCACUAGAUCAGGACCAGCUGGGCCCGCUCAGCAAGGACAAGAGGAAGCAGCUGUACAGCUUUUUUACCCCUGGAGGGACGGGGUUUGAGGCCUUCAUCAGCUCAGCCGGUGUGCUGGUAGUGGCUGUAUGCACGAAGAAGGAGUACGUCACCGUCAUGCUGCCCGACUACUGCUUCUGUGACUCUCUCUGGCACAGCAUCGGUGUGGUGCAUAUACCGGGAAAGAGGCCGUUUGGGCAGAGUCUUGUGUACAUUUAUGUAGAUGGACAGCAGAAACUAUCUGCCCCCCUCAAAUAUCCCACCAUGACAGAGCCAUUCAUCUCCUGCGGCAUCGGCUCAGCAGGCAACCGGACCACCACCCCUCCGCCCUCUCAGAUCCCAGACCCCCCCUUCUCCUCUGCCACCACGCCCACCACUCGCUCCUCGCUGGGUGGCAUCCUGUCGCCACAGACCUGGGGGGGGCUGCUGGGGGGGAAGCCUGAGUCUGUGACUAAGCUCAUCUCUGCAGGGACCCAGGACAGCGAGUGGGGAAGCCCUACCUCCUUGCAGGGCCAGCUGGGAAGUGUCAUGGUCUUUCAUGAACCCCUACAGCCCAACCACAUAAAAGCCAUCUGUAGUGCUGGUCCAAAUUGCAUCUCUCCUUUCAAAGCCCAAGAAUCUGAACUUGGCGACCUUUCAACCAAAUUGCUGCUGCACUACUCGCCCAAGGCGUGUAGGAACCCCAUCUGUUUAGAUCUGUCUCCAAACAUGCUGCAUGGACGCCUGACUGGGAAUAAAGUCGUCAACUGGGAUAUCAAGGAUAUGAUCAACUGUGUAGGUGGCCUCUCAGUGCUCAUGCCCAUACUGGAGCAGCUGGCCCUGAUGACGCCAGAUCAACAGGCCAGUGACCCUGCAGCUGGGUCAGAUUUCAUCACCCCUGAUGUGACGACGCCAGCCGAGGGAGAUUGGGUCAUCCUUCCAUCCAACAGGGCUUCAGAGGCACGCCUGGAGAAGAAUCUGGUGGCCACCUUCCUGUUGGUGCUGAAGCAUUUCCUGCAGAGACACCUUAUCAACCAGGAUAAUCUGCUCCACUCGCAUGGUGUCGCCACACUGGGAGCCCUGCUGCAGAAGCUGCCAGCAGGUCAUGUGGAUGUCAGCGUGCUGGUUGCUAUGCAGCUGCUGAUAGAGCAGGUGACGUAUGAGAAGAACCAGGCUCUGCUGCAGCAGCUUCACACACAUCUACUGUUCAACUUCAACAUCUGGAACAAAGGAGACUUCCCUCUGCGCAUAGGUCAUAUCCAGUACAUGUCCACCGUCAUCAAAGAUAACAGGAAGCACUUCAGAAAAAAAUAUGGCGUCCAGUUCCUUUUGGACACCAUACGCCUUUAUUACGGGAAGAACAGUACUAAAGAGAGUGAGCUAACUGAGGACGACAUUCGUACCAUCCGGGCGUCUCUCUACAGUCUCGUCAAGUACUACAUCAGCAAGGGCAUGUCACAGGAGGAGAUGCACAGCAUUCUGGGAUACAUCGCUGCCAUUGGAGAUGAGGAGCAGUUGUGUGGGCUGCUGGAAUUGUUAAUCAGCCUCUUCCAGACCAGUCCAGCCAGGGACCAGCUCUUCCUGCUCCUCUUUGAGCCCGGGGCAGCUGACUCCUGCUACGCUCUCCUCCUUAACAACAAGCACUCGGAUCGACUGAGAGAGCUCGUCUUCAAGUUGUUCGAGCGCAUGUUGCGCUGUGACCGCGUCUAUGAGAAGAAUAAGCAGCGCUUGAGGCUGAGGGAGGCAGGUUACGCUGGCCUGUCACUGCUCUUCUCUGAGCUCAACAUCACUCCCACACUGAUCCGCUGUCUCCUCAACCAGGUCCUCCACACAGAUUCUGUAGUGAACUACAAGGAUCUGAUGGCUCUGGUCCAGCUCACUCACCGGGCCGGACCCAGUGUACGUCUCCUAGUCUGCAAGAGGGUGUACCAGCUGCUACAAUCCCAACAAGAUGCUGCCGUCCAGAUCUCAAGGCAGCAGUGUUGGCAGGACACUCUCAUGCGACUCUACCUGCGGGGUGAAGGGUCCUUGCCACUGCGGGGCGCUGACACCAUCAGCGCCUGCAGCCUGGAUCUGAGCCGGCCCAGUGGCAGCAGCACCAACCGCCUAGAGCUUCCGCUGGAGAGGAGGACGCGAGCAGGCAGCACCGGCCGCCUGGACCGGCUGGAGGACGACCGGCUCAGCAUAGGUGACACUCGGUCUGUGGACAGCCUAGAGAACGGCGACGUCAUCUCGCUGCUGGACACGCCGUCUUCCUGUGCCUCCACCGAGCCACAGCUACACGUCAAGCCCUGGGUGGUGGGAAAGUCAGGGGGCUUGACGCUGGAUCUGUCCCACCUGCAGGCCUAUGAGUGCGGGGAGAGCGGCAGCCAAACGCCUGGCAGCAUGCCUAGCACACCGUCGCCACUGGAGAGCUCUAAGCCUUUCCCAGGGAGUGCCGGGGAUCGAGAUGCAACUUCCUCCCUGACUGAGGACAGCUUUCUCUUCAGUGACAACAUCUCACUGGGGGAGUCCUUUAAUAACGCUGAGCGGGCAGAGGAGGAGCUGUGCACCAUGCUGCUGGAGAUUGUGCUGUGCGUGAUGUGGCGCGGCGUAGAAGGUUCAGAUGAUUCGGCGUGGCUAGAGCGUGGCCAGGUCUUCUCAGCUCUCACCAAACUGGGAACCGCCAACGAGCUGCUGCUUCCUGUCGACCAAAUCAAACUCAGUCUUAUGGAACGAAUGCUGGAGUGGGCGGUGAGCGAUAACCGUGAGGCAUCAGCUGCUACGUUGCCACAGCACACAGAGAACGCAGUGCGGUUGCUUCACAUGGUACAAGACUUCCUGCAGGCUGAGGGCCUCGUCAAUCCAGCACUGUGGACAGAGAAGGUGCUGGAGGAGACAGUGACGCUGAUGGACAGCCUCAUGGUGUGGUACUCGGCUGGCACUCAGUGGUUCCAACUGUCUCAAGUUGGACUGAGACUACUGCUGGGCUUCAUGGCUCAGGAGGACCCUGAUGUGUGCGCCAUGGCCACUGCCAAGCUCAACUGCAUCCUGCAGACUAAAGAGGUGUCCAGCCAGGAUGAGGCCUGCUACCUGCUCGGUAAGGUGGAGUGCAUCCUGAGGCGCUCCAUUCAGGAGCAAACGGAGGAGACGUACUCCUUCCUGGUUCCUCUGUUGCGAACGCUGCUCUCCAAAGUCCACCGCCUCCUCUACAUGGAGCUGCACCUCCCCCAGCUCCCCGACACCAACGGCAGCCCGUCCUUCUUUGAAGACUUCAAGCUGUACUGCAACUCACCCGAGUGGCGCGUCUACCUCGACAAAUAUAUUAUCCCGUACAUGAAGCAGUAUGAAAUUGAAACAUUCAGCCAGGGCCAUGAGACCAUGGCUCUGUACUGGAAGGAGUGCUAUGAGGCUUUCAUGGUCAGCCUGCAUAAGAGAGAGAGGGAGAGGGGUGAGAGCAAGAUCCGCUUCCAGGAGCAAUUUGUGGAGCCUUUCUCACGACGAGGUCGCCAGGAGAACCUCCGCUACAACAGCAUGUUGAAGCAGCAGCACAGCCAGAAUAGUGCUACCCUCAGGCAGUGGAAGGCAGCACGCCGGGGUCUGGUGUGCGAGAGAGGGCCCUGGGCUGACAGACAGCAGGAUGAGAUGCACUGGAGGGUGUCCAGUGCUGAGAACUUCUCCCGCAUGAGACUGAAGCUGGUCCGUAAUUACAACUUUGACCCACACCGAGAGGCCAGUGCUCUGAGAGACAACCUGGGUGUCCAUCAGCAGCGCAUAAACCCAGAGUCUCUGCUGCUGGAGGCUGUGAAGCAGGUCAAAGUCAGCGACCUGGAAGACGACAUCCUGGAGCUGCCGGAGGACGACCCCGCUGCUGCCAACAACCAAGUUGAAGCAGAGGAGGCGGGCCAGAAGGAGAAGCUGGUGCUGUGGGAGGACUGUGAGCUGGUGACGGUGGUGGACGUGGUGCCUGGCCGCCUAGAACUCACCACUCAGCACAUCUACUUCUACGACAGCAGCCAGGAGAAAGAGGAAGGAGUGGGCCACGACUUCAAAUGGCCCCUGUCUCAGAUCCGAGAGGUCCACCUGCGGCGUUAUAACCUGCGGCGCUCAGCUCUGGAGAUCUUCCUCAUCGACCAGACCAACUACUUCCUCAACUUCAAAAAAGAGGUGAGGAACAAGGUCUACAGCCGCAUGUUACUGCUACGAUCCCUCAGUCUUUAUGGAACCCGCUCGCCGCAGGAGCUCCUCAAAGCCUCUGGACUUACACAGAAAUGGGUGAACCGGGAGAUUUCCAACUUUGACUACUUGAUGCAGCUCAACACGAUCGCAGGCAGAACGUACAACAACCUGGCUCAGUAUCCUGUGUUUCCCUGGAUUCUUGCCGACUACACUUCAGAAGAGCUGGACCUGUCUGAUCCUCGGGUGUUCAGGGACCUAUCGAAGCCGGUGGCAGUGCUUAACGAACGCAAUGCCAAGACGGUUAGAGAGAAGUAUGAAAGUUUCGAGGACCCGACAGGCACCAUCGACAGGUUCCAUUAUGGCACCCACUACUCAAACGCUGCUGGAGUGAUGCACUACUUGAUCAGAGUGGAGCCCUUCACCUCCCUGCACAUCCAACUGCAAAGUGGACGGUUUGACUGUGCCGACCGCCAGUUCCACUCUAUCCCUGCGACGUGGCAGACCCUCAUGGACAACCCCAACGAUGUCAAGGAGCUCAUCCCUGAGUUCUUCUACUUCCCUGAAUUCCUUGAGAACCAGAAUGGUUUUGAUUUGGGUCGCCUGCAGAUCUCUAAGGAAAGAGUUAACGAUGUUAUUCUGCCCAAAUGGGCCAAAUCCCCUGAAGACUUCAUCUACAAGCACCGCAAAGCCCUGGAGUCGGAGUACGUCUCAGCCCACCUUCACGAGUGGAUCGAUCUGAUCUUUGGUUACAAGCAGAAGGGCCCUGCAGCAGUGGAGGCCCUCAACGUCUUCUACUACUGCACAUAUGAGGGGGCGGUGGACCUGGACGCCAUUACUGAUGAAAAAGAGCGGAAGGCCUUGGAGGGCAUGAUCAGCAACUUUGGACAGACACCGUGCCAGUUACUCAAGGAGCCCCAUCCAGUGCGCCUGUCUCAGGAGGAAGUGGAGAAGAGGAAGGCUCAGCUGGACUCGUGUCCUCUCAACAUGUUUGAACACCUCAGCGACCUUAAGUCUUUCUUUGUUGAGGGCAUCAGUGACAAUGUGCCGCUGGUUAAGGCCGUGGUGCCCAAGAAUCAGUCCCAUUCUUUCAUCACCCAGGGGAGCCCUGACACCAUGGUGACGGUUAGUCAGAACUGCCUCGUUGGAACCCAUGGGUGGCUGCCUUACAACAAGAACAUCUCCAACUACUUCACCUUCAUUAAGGACCCCACAGUGUCCAACACCAAGACCCACCGUUUCCUCUCUGGACCCUUCGCCCCCGGGGUGGAAGUAACAUCAGGGUUGUUUGUGGUCUCCCAUGAUGGCAAGUUGCUCUUCAGCGGGGGUCACUGGGACAACAGCCUGCGGGUCACCUCUCUGGUUAAGGGCAAGACUGUGGGACAACACAUCCGACACAUGGACAUUGUUACCUGCUUGUCAACAGACCACUGCGGCAUCCACCUGAUCUCUGGUUCCAGAGACACAACCUGCAUGGUGUGGCAGGUUCUGCAGCAGGGCGGAGCUCCCAUAGGUCUCUGUCCCAAACCAGUUCAGGUGUUGUACGGACACACGGAUGAGGUGGUCAGUGUCAGUAUCAGCACAGAGUUGGACAUGGCUGUGUCUGGAUCACGGGAUGGGACAGUGAUCAUCCACACGGUGCGUCGGGGUCAGUAUAUGCGUUGCUUGCGACCGCCAUGUGACAGCUCCCUGCCGCUCUCAAUCCUCCACCUGGCCGUGUCCUGGGAGGGUCACCUGCUGGUCCACACCUGUCUCGAGGGCAAAGCAACGCUCAAGGAUAAAAACGCCAUCCACCUUUACUCUAUAAAUGGGAAGCACCUCUGCAGUGAGCCUCUGAAGGAGCAGGUGACUGAUAUGUGUGUUUCGGGGGAGUAUGUAGUCAUCGGCAGCGAGCAGGGAUACCUGUCCAUCCGUGACCUCUACAGUCUGUCUCUGUGUGUGGAGCCCAUGGCCAUGAGGGUGCCGGUGCGUUGCGUCUCUGUCACCAAGGAGCAGAGCCACGUCCUUGUGGGCCUGGAGGACGGCAAGCUGAUCAUCGUGGGCGUGGGCAAGCCGGCGGAGAUGCGUUCGGGCCAGAUCACACGGAAGCUGUGGGGCUCCAGCAAGAGACUGACCCAGAUCUCCUCGGGGGAGACGAUGUACAACACCCAGCACGACCACAACUGAACCCAUCCCAGUCCCCCCGAGUCCUCAACCCUCCCCUCUGCGCACAUCCCUCACUCCUGUCACCCAGUUCGCCUCCAUACUUCAAUCACCAGUUUGGUUCAUUCUGUCUGAGGAACUCUCCUCAGUUCCUCCAGCACCUUUCCAUAGUUUAAUGGGUGGUGUUUGGGGUGCUAGAGCAUUGAGCAUCAAAAAGUCUGCAUGUCCAUGUGUCCAGUUUUUAUGUGUGUUUAUUCCUGCUUUUGAUUGAGCGUAAGGCGCUGGCGCUGUUGUUCAAAUCCAGAAGUAGUGCCAGUCUUAGCACCACCUCACCACUACCUACCACUCCCAAACACCACAGCUCUUCAUCCCUCAGCUAGUCAUCAUCAUUUUUACAUGAUACCACACAUUCAGCCUAAUGUUUCUCCAGCAGAGGCGCUGUGUGCUCUCUGACCGUCUCUGCUUAAAUUUGACAGGAUCGAUCCGCUAACUGCUCUCCUGUAUGUGUGUGUGUGUGUGUGUGUGUGUGUGUGUGUGUGUGUGUGUGUGUGUGUGUGUGUGUGUGUGUGUGUAUAUGUGCAUGCGCAGUGUAAUGCCAUGCUCUCUGUCAAAAUAUAGUUUCAAGUGGCCUUGUUGCCCCCCUUAGUUUGCCUUCGGUGCAGACAGGCGGGCCUGUGCUCUGUAGGCUGAGACUUUUCAUGGUUGCCUCAGAGCUGCCACACAGCAGCCUUAUGCAGUAAGACGGCUCCAUCACUCACAUGACCAAACUCUCUGCCUUUCCUAUGCGUUUUUAUAUAUAUAUGUGUGUGUGUGUGCGUGUGUGUGUGUGUGUGUGUGUGAGAUUUUCAUUUGUUUUCUGUUGUUGAUUUCUUUGCUGUUAUUGUUUUUAUUUGGGUUGUUCUGUUCGUUCGUACAGAUUUAUGCAUGUGCCCACCAACUUGGCAUCUGUCGGUAUGCAUGGCAUUUUUGGUCCAGUUUGAGAUUAGGUAGAUGACAUGGUGAUGGAGAAGUCUUUUUUUAACUUUUGGAUAUAGCUGACUUGUUUUGUUGUAGAAACAUCUGUAGCAUCCGUCUUUAAAGGAGCAGUUUGGAUUUUUUGAAGUGUGCUUGUAUGAGGUGUUUAUACAUAGUCGGUACAGUAGAUGUCAGACGGCACACCCUUAGUUUGGAGAAGCAGGCAGAAGUGCCCACACAGAAGUUAAGCAUGUACUGCUGUGGACGGGGGCAGCAGCAAAAUGUAUUUUAGCCAGCUUACAAAAGUCUUGCAUAAGAAAUGUAUGCUAUAUUGUCAGAUCCGACGGGAAAGCCCUGAGCAGCCUCAGUUUUCAUCUAUGUUCUCGUCAAAGCCACCAGACUCCAUUGAGAGAAACAGUUAUUCUAAAAUACAUUUUCCUGCUGCCCCCUUCCACAGCUGUACACUGCUUAGCAUCUGUGUCAGACUCCAGCCUGCCUCUCGAAACUGGGGGCGUCUGACGUCUACAGUACGAAAUACACUGACGACAGAUAAGUACCUCACACAAACCCACUUAAAGAAAUCAGAACUAUCCUUUUCGUGUUGACAUGUCAUUUAAGAUAUAGUUUUGUAAAAGAAAAUAUUCUCAUUUAACUCAAAACACUACAUUCUCAAACACAAGAAGCUUCCAUGUGAAUUUAUCACAGCAGUACAGUGACUUUAAAGUCAUAAAACACUUCAUCGAAUGUUUUUAAGUUACUUGAAUCCGUGUUUAUUUAUAAGUAAAAGUAGCAGUUGUUAAAAUCACACUUUGUCUCGUGAAUACAGACACCGGGAUGGCAUUUUUUUAAACUGUUCUGACUGUUCAGACAGCUGCAAAAGAAGGAGAGAGAAGAAAUCCUCAAGGGCUUUAUGAGAUGUCAGUGUUAACAGCAAUACAGCUCCUUCGUCGGGUGGCUGUCGAUGCUUUCUUCCUGUUUUUCUGUCCUGUCUCAGUUGCUCUGCCAGCCCUCUAUCUCUAGUCUUCCUAUAGCUUAACUGUGACAGUCAAUGUUUCUGAACUCCCUCCCUUUCCUUUAGCUCUCACCAUUGCCUCGAAACUACCAUCCUUUAUUAUUUUUACAUCUCAUUCUCCUUCCUGCUCAUUGUGAAGUGACUGAUUUCAGAGGAGUUUUUUUAUUUACGGGGCAUCAAGAAGGUUGGCAUGCCUUGUCUCGGUCGCUUGGAAGAUGUGUUGUUCAAGUGUGUGAAUGUGAUUUCUUUACUCUGUAAUAUCCAAAUCACAAAAAGCCACAGUAUGAAGUUCCUGUGGAUGAGACUGUGUGAUUUAUAUUUUUGCACCAUACCUGUGUGUGUGUGUGUGUGUGUGUGUGUGUCUGAUUGAGUGUGUGUGUCUGAGGACAUGCCAGUGAUGCAUGUUUUAUUUUUUAUAGCCAAAUUCUGUUGAUGCUGUGUCUCAGUUUCUGUGAGCCAAGGCAGCCUUUGAUUGUUUUGGCUCAUGGGUUCAGCAUUGGACACAGGGUUGCUCUAGUGUUUUUGUCUCUUCAUUUUUUUUUUUUUUUGGAACAUGAUUUUGUAUUUAGUUUUUAUUUAAAUGUCACAGCGAGAUGGUGUGCAAAGACCAAUCUGUGUCCUUCUUUAUGAGAUUUCUGUGAAAGGUGCAUAAAAUGUUUUUCAUCUUUCGUUCAUCCACAUUCGUCAUUCAGACAAAAGACCACUGUUUGAGUUGUUCCACGACUGCAACAAACGGAGUGCCUUUAUCCCAGUGUGGUUUUAACAUAGAGCUAGGUUUCUCUCAUUACCGAAGCUUAUCGUCCCCGACUUUAGCUUAAAUCAAAUGAAAGCAGCAUUCCAGAUGUUAAACCUCCACAGAUUCAACGGGAACCAAGACUAUAGGACUUCAAAGCAAAAUCAAAAAGUACUAUUUUGUGUCUUAGCAACAUUCUCUGUGACUGUCACCAAAUGGAUGUGUGUAUAUCUGUGAUUAUUUAUGAAUACAGUAUAUAAUGUACAGCAUGAUUUUUAUUUCAGCGUAUUUGAAAUGUACUUUUGCACUUUCCAGGUACUAAAUUGUAACAAAUUGUUUUAACUUGGCUCCCUAAUCUGUAUAAACUGCUUUGUAUACACAAGUGAAAAAUGAUCAUUAAAGUCUUGUCUAAA